AUGUUCACAAAAGUAGUCGCAUUGUUCUGUUUGGUGGCUGUGGCUGCGGCCACGGACCUCACCGUGGGCAAAAGAGAGGGACGAUUAAUAUUCUACACGACUAUUACCGCCAGACCUACCAUCUGGAAACAAGUGCAGAACCUCACCGUGAACGCGACCGACGACGCCCUCAUCACACGAGUGGUUGUCGUUGACAACAGGCCACAGAAGGACGGAGUAGCCAAACUGGUCGACGGAGGUGUAGGACACAAUAACGUCACCAUCGAGUUGAAGAGCCCCACUGUGUUCAGAGGAUUCAACUUCACCGUGAAAGUGUUUGAGAAGAAAGUAGCCAUGCAAAAACCACGUCACCCAGUGUUUGUUGGGGCAAAUACCCAAAAGCCGGUUCCAGUGGUUGUAUACAAACCCCAGGAAGCAAAGCCGACACCCAGCCCUGGUGAAGCACACAACUACGCCCAGGUCACAGUGAAACCUGCUGCACUGAGUGCGGGAGCUGGGAGCCCUUUGCGCGAACCGUUACGUUUGUAA